AUGAGUAGCAGUAAGAGUGGUAGUAGUAGUGGUGGGGUGAUUGAAAUGGGUGGUGGGUGUAGCAAAGAUGACUUCAUUGCCUGUCUCAUCACUCCACUGUUAGGCAUUGCGAUGACUGGUCGAAGGCUCUUCAUUUUUGAUUAUGCGCACCCUAUCAUUGAGCUGCUUUGGCCUUUUAUUGAAGUUGGCAUGAAGUGGACUCCUUCCCUGACCUGCAACUUCUUGUAUCUCCAGCCGAACCGACGGUGGGAGAAGUCGAAGGGGUAG